AAGAGCAUAAAGAGUUCUUAAAUAAUGCAAUGCACUCAACACAAGGAAUAGCACAUGGGUUCAAAAGCUGGGGGGCUUUCUGCAAGCGACAAAGCCAAAAUAAAAUAGCUUCCAUUUCCAAGGGCGGCUCCGAAAAAAACAAGACCACAGUCUAAAAACACAAAAAGUCUUCCCCACUCUGCUCUCGCCUAUAUAAGCAAACUUCAAUUUCUGCUAAACCCAGAAUUCAUUCCUCUGUCUCUCUGCAAAUAAACGAAACAAGAUCAACAAUGGCUGACAACAAUGGUAGUACUAGUUAUGGCGGCGGUGGCGGCGCAGCAAGCCCAGUGAGCAGCCCCGCCUCCUCCUCCGCCGGUGGCGGCGGAGGCGGCGGGGGUCGUGUCCGCGAGCAGGACAGGCUCCUGCCCAUAGCCAAUGUUGGGCGAAUAAUGAAGCGUGCUCUGCCGGCCAAUGCGAAGAUCUCGAAGGAGGCGAAGGAAACGGUCCAGGAGUGCGUUUCUGAGUUCAUUAGCUUCAUCACCGGCGAGGCCUCUGAGAAGUGCCACCGUGAGAAGCGCAAGACUAUUAAUGGUGAUGACCUGCUUUAUGGAAUUACCACUCUUGGCUUCGAAGACUACGUGGAGCCGCUGAAGCUGUACUUACAGAGGUACAGAGAGCUAGAGGGGGAUAGGACAACAGCUGCCUCUUCGUCAGCGGUUUCCAAUGGUGGCGCUCAGCAGUACGGUCACAUGGUGAUGUAUGGUGGGCAGCAGCAGACGCCGUCCGGUGGCGCUUACGCCUCCCAUCAUCACCACCAUCAUCAUCAACAACACUGAUGCUGCUGCCGGUCUUGUUGGUCUUGUUUGUUUGCUUGUUUGGUUUUUCCUUGUUAGGAAACGAUGAAUUGGGCGGUUGCAGUUGGGCAGAUGGGCAAUUGGCAAUUGAGGUCACAGGAUGAAUCUCAAAUACCUAUUUGGCAAAGGGGUUUGGCAUACAGCGACCUUCUUUUGGAAGCUGACAAAAGGAUUUUUCUUACAGCUACCUUAUAUAUUGUUCAAAUUUUUCGCCUGUUCAACCCUGCCACUACACUUACACCUCCAGUACUUAAUAAAACACUAGUAACAUUGUUGAUCUUGUUAUGAAAUGGAAAAGUGAGUGAAAUGGGGGGUUUUCAUGAUAUUGAUUGUGAAAAGUUUCAACCCUAGGGGACUGCUUUCCUAUUGUUCGUUCAUUAAAUAAGUUUGGAAGAUAAGUUUGUCUGUAAAAGCUUCAAACUUUCCUUUUGCUAAGGUUCUGGUCAAAAUAUCAGCUAUCAGCUGAUCUGUGGAAAUAU